AUGUUGACCACCGCCCACCGUCCCCAGCCCGAAUCCCCACAAGGGAUUCAGGAAAAGGAUGAGCUUCGGAAUUGCAUGUGGGACAUGAUCGACCGGGCGGGGGGCUACGGUGAGGCCUUCAUCCGCCCCAUCCCUCCCGAACAGAUCCGGAGCUGGAUCGAUCACUUCUGUGCGUUGGCCUACCCGAGGGGAAAUCCCGAUGACUAUGACCUGUUUGGCAUCUAUGAUCCGCUCGAAGACCCUCGCUGCGGUAUGACCGAUUCGAUGGGCAUAUUGAGUAUGGUCGUCAGUUACACGGAGAGGGCCUAUCCUUUUGAAAAGGGCAAUAUGAUGCAGGACAAAACAUACUGGCGCUAUUGCUCACCUAAUACGAAGCGCCUUUCGUCGUCCACCUCGGAUGUUCACUCCUGGAUCGUCAAGAGGAUUACCGAACAGUGUGAUCCCGCCACCGCCCAAAAGUACACUUACCUUGAUGUGCCGCGAAGCAGUACGCUCCCGCAUUUGAGCUGCUUUGUCCACGACGAUGAGAUACUCCAGGAUGACGGGUCCCUAUCCAACGGCGAGCUCACCGCCAUCAUGGUGUUGGCAUUGCGGCAAUCGAGCGACCGCACUUAUCGCCACGCUACGGUCAUUCCACUCCUCGUGUUUUCUUGCUCCGGGCGCCAGGUCCGCAUUAUUCAGGGCUGCAUCGACUUUCGGAACUAUCAGUUCGACGUGCGCUGCUCGGAGAUUCUCGACUUCAACGAGGGAGGCAUACGCGGCACCGACGAAAACCUGCGGCGCUUCUAUACCCUCCUCGGCUGGGUGCUCGGUGAACCUGUUGGGAAUAUCGAGCAAUCGCAGGUUCCCGGUAGCAGGCGCUAG